GUGAACUUGCAAACAAAAUACAAACAGUCCUUGAUAACGCGGAUUUCAGUUACCUCUGCUCUAGAGCUGUGGAGUUCCGCAAGAAAGAGGAAGCGCAUGCUCAAAACACUUGCCUGCUCGGCAGACACGGCAAAAUUCACUAGUGGUGCAUCAAAUGUGGUGGUUGUCCUAACCUUUUCGGACGCGAUACAAUGGAUAGCAAGGAUAUUGCUUCCCCGAGAGAAAGAAGAUGAGAACACAAUUGAGUUGAUCCGCACCAGAACGACAAUACCUAUUCCCCACAUUAUUGGGUAUGAUGUGACGGUAAACGAGUUUGGCUACCCCUAUCUAUUGAUGGAAGCCGUUUCUGGAAAUGUUCUAGAAGUCAAAUGGCUUUCUCAGCACCAGAUAAGCACAAGGCAAACCCUCUAUAUCUAUGAGCUGAGCACGAUUCAAUUCAGCCAAAUUGGCCGCAUCUUACACUCAGACGAGCCCGAGUCGCUCCAAUUGGUAUUAUUCUCUUUCAGGGGCUCUCUAAUCGGUCCGUUGUCUACCUCGCUGGAGUACUUUCAUCGUUUCCGCCGAGCCCAAACAAAAGCAAUUCUCCAAGAGCACAGAGGUGAACAAGAGUGGGAGGCAGCUGCUUGGUUCCUUGAGAAGGCAGUGACCUCAAUGGUUACGGACGAACAUAUUUACGGCCCAUUCCCGUUAUGUCACAUCGAUCUUCACUUUAACAACAUACUCGUUGAUGGAGACUACAAUAUUACCGGCAUCAUCGAUUGGAGCCAUGCUCAGACCGUCCCUAUCGAGCGGUUUGCUCUAAUUCCCGAAUUCAUUCCUCCCCCAGCUGCUUCGGCAACAUUCAAACAAGCAAUCAUUGAGUUCCGUGACAUGUUUGUUGGCGCAUUGAAAAAGGUUGAAUGGAGAAGGACGGGUCAUUGUCAGAACAGGAGGCAUCGUUGCACCGUCGUUUCGCAUCGCCCCUUUCGGAGGUUGUCUGUCGAUGCACCUACAGCUAUCCGUGGAGAGCCAUUUUUGAUGCCCGACUUGUUCUUCCUCUUUUGUAUGGGAAAAGCGCUAAAUGGGAUGACUUUCAGAAGUUCCACAGUGAGCGUUCUCCACGAAACUUAUCAGCUACCUAUGUAG